UGGACACGUCACGUCAAUCGUUUUGCUUUUGCGUGGCAUCUGUUUCAUGUGUCUGUGUCACAUACUCUACUAUAUUCGUAAUUUGUGCAUUAUAGUGUUAUUUACUAGAAACAAAUAAUACAUACCAGGAUGUUGUACCUUGAAGAUUAUCUGGAAAUGAUUGAACAUUUGCCACAAGAACUAAGAGACCGGUUUACAGAAAUGAGGGAAAUGGAUUUAUCUGUUCAAAAUAACAUGGAUACAUUGGAGAAACGAGUGCGAACUCUUUUUGGUGGGUGUAGGAGAGGAGAGAUGAAUACAGACCAAGCUAACACUGAAUUUGCUGAUAUUAAACAUGGUUACAACAAAACUCUAGAAGAGGCAGAUGAAAAAGUGGCUCUAGCUAACCAAAUGCGAGAGCUAGUAGACCGCUAUUUGAGACGGCUAGAUACUGAAUUGCACAAAUUCAAAUGUGAAUUGGAAGCAGACAACAAGGGAAUAACUGAACUCUUGGAGAAAAGAUCACUUGAGCUGGAUGUCAAUACUAACCACACUAGUACUUCUAACAAUAACCAUUACAAAGAAAACAGAUAUCGAAUCCGCAACGAGAAACGUCGGGAGAGCUGGGCGCCCAAGGACUCUCGUUCCCACUCUACUACCAGCAGCCUAUCAAGAACUGAUACUGCUAUACAGGCGGCUCUCGGGCGCGAAUCAUAUACGCUGGGACACGCAGGCAGUGCCAUCGCUGCUGCCGCCAGUCAAGCUAUUGCAGCCACACAACAGAUGCAGCAAGGCCGCCGCACCGCGUCGCUCAAGGCUUCCUACGAGGCUCUGGCGGGCGGCGAGCUCACGCACCAGACCAUCCACACCACGCAUCACACGCAUGACCACGGCCAUGGUUUGACUACUAGUCACAAUCAGAGCAGCAGUGCGCACGGUCACCACACAACUUCGCACAGCCAUAACGCCUCGUCCUCUUCAAAUAAGAGACAGAAACAGAAGAAGAGCACUUACGCGUCAUCUUCAGUUGUGGCGACACACGCUCAACCGAGCGUGACGGCAGCCAGCCGGUCAUCUUCGCCUGUGGUUAAUAACUUGGCCAAUGUUGCUAUUGAAGAACCAAUGGAAGAAGAAUGGACGUACGAUCCAAACGAGCCUCGGUACUGUAUUUGCAACCAAGUGUCCUACGGCGACAUGGUGGCUUGCGACAAUCAAGACUGUCCCUACGAAUGGUUCCACUACCCGUGCGUCGGGAUCACGGCGCCGCCCAAAGGGAAAUGGUAUUGUCCGCAGUGCCAAAACAACAUGCGUCGAAACCGCGCACAUCGAAAGAAUUAAUUGUAUUAUUGUUGUUACCUCAAUCAAUGUCUAAAUUAUACCGUAAACCUCUUUAGAAUCAAUUUCAAUAAUGUAAAAGUAUUGUAUUGAUUAUAAUAAACAACAUUCCUCUUAGA